AUGGAUGAAGAAAAACUCGAGCAAUUAGUCCACGAGGCUGAUCGUGUCGUACCUCGUCCAACUCCGAAAGAAUUCUUCCGGAAGCAGCCCCAUAAAUCUCUUGAGAACAUUAGCGAUUAUGAACGUCUUUACAAAGAGUCCAUAGAGAAUCCUGAUGGGUUCUUUGGAAAGAUGGCUCACAAAUUCCUUUCUUGGGACAGGGACUUUGAUAAAGUUAGUUGGGGCUCUUUUGAACAAGGUGAUGUCGCAUGGUUUCUAGGUGGUAAAUUAAAUGCUUGCUACAACUGUGUCGAUCGUCAUGCUUUUGCUCAUCCAGAUAAGCCUGCUAUUAUAUUUGAGGCUGAUGAUGAGAAGGAGUCUCGUAUUUUGACCUUCAAAGAUUUGCUUCAACAAGUUUGUCAAGUCGCUGAACUUUUGGCAUCCUGGGGCAUAAAGAAAGGUGACAUUGUGGCCAUAUACUUACCGAUGACCCCUGAAGCUCUCAUUGCCAUGCUGGCAUGUGUUAGAAUUGGUGCUUUGCACUCGUGUAUCUUUGCUGGUUUCUCCGCUGGUUCCAUCAAAGAGAGAGUGUUUGAUGCUCACUCUAAAGUUGUGAUUACCUGUGACGAAGGAAAGCGUGGAGGAAAGAUUACCCAUGCCAAACAAAUCUUGAAUGAGGCCUUGAAGGAAUGUCCUGAAGUCGAAAAGGUUCUCGUCUACAAAAGAACAGGUAACCCAAAGGUUGAAAUGGUUGAAGGUAGAGAUUUCUGGUGGCAGAAAGAGUGCGAGCAGUUUAGAGGCUACUUUCCUCCAGUUCCUGUCGAUUCCGAAGAUCCCUUGUUCAUUCUUUACACUUCUGGUUCUACUGGUACUCCAAAAGGUGUUGUCCAUUGUACUGCGGGAUACCUUCUAGGCGCUGCUAUGACCACCAGAUAUGUGUUUGACUUGCAGCCUGAAGAUACUCUAUUUACUGCUGGCGAUGUCGGCUGGAUUACAGGUCAUACGUAUUCUCUUUAUGGCCCCUUGGUGUUAGGUGUACCAACAAUUGUUUUUGAAGGCACUCCUGCUUACCCUGAUAUGGGCAGAUUCUGGAAAAUUGUCGAGAAGUAUAAGGCUACUCACUUCUACGUGGCUCCAACGGCGCUACGUAUGCUCAAGAAAUCUGGAGAAGCAGAGAUUGAUAAAUAUGAUUUAAGUUCUUUGAGAACAUUGGGAUCUGUUGGGGAACCUAUUGCCAGCGAGAUCUGGAAAUGGUACGAUGAGAAAAUCGGCCAUGGUUGCUGUCAUAUCGCUGACACGUAUUGGCAGACAGAAUCUGGAUCCCAUUUGAUUGCUCCAUUGGCUGGUGCUGUUCCAACCAAACCCGGUGCCGCUACCCUUCCAUUCUUUGGUAUCGAUGCUGUGAUCAUCGACCCUCAGACGGGUAAAGUUCUUGAGGGAAACGAUGUGGAGGGUGUUCUUGCCGUGCGUUCACCAUGGCCUUCCAUGGCCAGAACUGUCUACCAGUGCCAUCAGAGAUUCUUGAAUGCCUACUUACGUCCUUAUCCUGGCUUUUACUUUACCGGUGAUGGUGCUGGAAGAGAUCAUGAUGGCUACUACUGGAUUAAGGGCCGUGUUGACGAUGUUGUUAACGUGUCUGGCCAUAGACUUUCCACCGGAGAGAUUGAGGCCGUUCUUCUCGAAAGCAAGAAGGUCUCUGAAUCUGCUGUUGUUGGAAUUGGUGAUGAUUUGACUGGCCAGGCUGUCAUUGCUGCCGUUCAAUUAAAAGAUUCUCACUUAGUUCAUGAUGCUGAAACUAUGAUUGCCCUUAGAAAAGAGCUCAGACUGCUUGUGAGGAAAGUCAUUGGUCCAUUUGCCGCUCCUAAAUCGAUCAUCAUCGUGGACGACUUGCCAAAAACCAGGUCCGGUAAGAUCAUUCGUCGUAUUCUUAGAAAAGUCUGCUCGGGUGAGGCCAAAUCCAUUGGUGAUACUAGUACUAUGGCCAACCCUCACGUAAUUGUCAAUUUAGUGUCUGAAGUGGAACAACAGUUUGGUGUCAAGAAUUAA